AUGAUAUCACCAUUAGAAAUUUACACAUUUUACUUAUUUAUUUGUUUUAAAUAUUUGUUUCUUUUUUGAUUUUUAAAAACAAGACAGAGAGAGAGAGAGAGAGAGAGAGAGAGAGACAGAAGGUGAAAGAACAAAAUUUUUGUAUCACAGAAGAACUGCUAUAGCAGAUUGAGCAUUCUGGACUUGGGAAAUGACACGCUCCUUGCAACAGUUGCUCCGAGACUACAUAACAAAGCAGAGCAUUUGCAAAAACCGUCUGGUAACCAAAGAUGGACACUGCAACAUUGAAUAUGGCAACAUGAGGUACAGCAGUCGCUUUGCAUAUGUGCAGGAUUUCUGGACAACCUUUGUGGAGAUACGGUGGCGUUUCAUUAUUUUAUUUUUUGUGGCCUCCUUCACUCUUAGUUGGUUCAUUUUUGGACUCAUUUGGUACUGGAUUGCUCAUGAUAAUGGUGAUCUUUGGUGGCAAAAUCCAUCUUCAGACCACAAACCAUGUAUAUAUAAUGUUUUUGGCCUAACAACUGCCUUCCUUUACUCACUUGAAACACAGAUGACUAUUGGUUAUGGUAUGCGAGUGCUUAGUCCAUACUGCCCUGGUGCUGUUGCCCUGAUAAUUAUACAGUCCAUCAUUGGUUUAUUUAUUAACUGCUUCUGGUGUGGACUGGUUAUGGCCAAAAUUACCUUACCCAAGAAAAGAGCCAAGACCAUUACUUUUAGCAAAAUGGCAGUUAUUUGCCCCAGAAAUGAUGCCCUCUGUUUGCAGAUAAGAGUGGCCAACUUGCGUAGGACCUUAAUGAUUGGAAGCCAGCUAUAUGGCAAGAUGCUUAGGACAACAGUCACUCCAGAAGGUGAGACCAUCAUUCUGGACCAGGUCAAUAUUGAUUUUAUGGUUGAUGCUGGAAAAGACAACCUCUUCUUCAUUUGCCCUUUGAGUUUGUAUCAUGUAAUUGAUAAGACCAGUCCAUUUUUUAAAUUUGCUCUAGACACACUUCUCCAACAGGAGUUUGAGCUGGUGGUAUUUUUGGAUGGCAUAGAUGAAUCUACCAGCUCCUCCUGCCAGGUCAGAACUUCUUACAUCCCACAGGAGAUUAAGUGGGGAUACAAGUUCCUUCCCUUCAUCUCCCGCAGUAAAGAAGGAAAAUAUCAUGUGGACUUCUCCAAUUUUGACAAAGUGGAGCCAAUUUCAACUGCACACUGUGCUCAAUGCUUCUACAAUGGGCAAAGCCAGCAUCACAGCCCCAAAAAUGGGAUUGACAACCCAGGGUUUGAUGUGAUUGAAGUUGAUGUUCCAAUCACUGGUACCAAGAUGUAGCCCUCUGCAUUCACCAACAGUUUAUUUGCUUUUAUAAUGGAUCACUAUCUAUAUUGAUUAGGCUUUACAGCACAAAUUAUAUUAAUCAAUUGAAAAUGGAAACCUAAGGCACAUAUUCAGGCAAUGUACAAUACCUCAAAUUUAAUGACAAUGUUUGCAUGAUCCAUCCUGACUCUUUGCACCAUAUAAUGAAACAAAAGCUGUGCAUUAGAAAACAACAACAUUUGGUUAACUUUCACUUGUUUUACUCAAAGGGAUGUGUCUGAAACAUAGAGCUUUUCUUAUUGUGCUCUUGUUAUGUGUUCUGUCAGAGUUAGUGUUACAAUACACCUCUGUUUGGGUUACUAUCUGUGUGGAGCUUCAAAUAUUCUCCUUAUGUGUUUAUGUGUAUUUCUCUAGGUUUCCUUCCUACAGGGUAUCUCUCAGGUAUAGCUUUGUUCCCAGAUUUUCAAGGAUAGGUUCAGGCUCCCUUGUGAUAUCAUACAUCUAUUAGCACUGUUUGCUCUUUUAAUUGUUUAUACUGUGAUUCUGUAUUGAAUUUUAUUCUUAAAUUUAGAGCAUGGUUUAAAAGAUGUAGUCAUAAUGAU